AUGGGUGCCGGCCGGAGAAAGCUGGUCUCGCUCUGGGCCCUGGCUCUGGCCCUGGCCUGCGCCCAGCACACAGGCCAGGCCGAGCAAGACUCUCUGAAAUCCAGCUAUGAUCACCACAGGAGACUGGGACCCCCUGCCUCACCACAAGCCCCUGUCUCCACAGAUGACCCACUCCGUGGGGUGACUGUCAUCCCUCCUCUGAGAACUAUCCCUGUGGUACGAGCCCUGAACCCAGCGCACAAUGGGCAGGUGUGCAGUACCUGGGGUGACUUCCACUACAAGACCUUUGACGGUGAUGUCUUCCGCUUCCCGGGCCUCUGCAACUAUGUGUUCUCUGCACACUGUGGUGCCGCCUACGAGGACUUCAACAUCCAGCUGCGCCGCAGCCAGGAGUCCAAUGCCACCACAGUGAGCAGGGUCAUCAUGAAGCUCGAUGGUCUCGUUGUCGAGCUGACCAAGAGCUCUGUCCUGGUCAAUGGCCACCUGGUCCAGCUGCCCUUCAGCCAAUCCGGCGUCCUCAUUGAGCUCAGCAGCAGCUACCUGAAGGUGGUGGCCAGGCUUGGCCUGGUCUUCAUGUGGAACCAUGAUGACAGCCUCCUGCUGGAACUGGACACCAAGUAUGCCAACAAGACCUGUGGGCUCUGUGGAGACUUCAGUGGCAACCCGGUGUUCAGCGAGUUCCUCUCCCACAAUGUCAGGCUGACACCCCUUGAGUUUGGGAACCUGCAGAAGAUGGACGGCCCCACAGAACAGUGCCAGGACCCUAUCCCUUCACUCCAGAAGAAGUGCUCCACCACCUUUGGCAUCUGUGAGGAGAUCCUGAGAGGCCAGCUGUUCUCAAACUGCACAGCCCUGGUGGACGUCAGCAGCUACGUGGAGGCCUGCCAGCAGGACCUCUGCUUAUGUGAACGCACUGACCUGUCCAGUUGCAUCUGCCACACCCUGGCCGAGUACUCCCGGCAGUGCGCUCAUGCUGGGGGGCUGCCACAGGACUGGCGGGGCCCCAACCUCUGCCCCCAGAACUGCACUCUGAACAUGAAGCAUCGGGAGUGUGGCUCACCCUGUGUAGACACUUGCUCCAACCCCCAGCGCUCCCAGGUCUGCGAGGACCACUGUGUUGCCGGAUGCUUCUGUCCUGAGGGGAUGGUGCUCGAUGACAUUGGCCAGACUGGCUGUGUCCCCGUAUCCAAGUGCUCCUGCUUGUACAACGGGAUGUACUAUGCACCAGGCGCCAACUACUCUACAGACUGCACUGAAUGCACCUGUUCCGGAGGCCGGUGGAGCUGCAGUGAGGUUCCGUGUCCAGGAACCUGCUCGGUGGUGGGAGGUGCCCAUUUCUCUACGUUUGACGAGAGGCAGUACACGGUGCAUGGGGACUGCAGCUACGUGCUGACCAAGCCCUGUAACAGCAGUGGCUUUACUGUGCUGGCCGAGCUGCGCAAGUGUGGGCUGACGGAUAGCGAGACCUGCCUGAAGAGCGUGACACUGAACUUGGGUGGGGGCCAGACGGUCAUAGUGGUGAAGGCCAGCGAGGUCUUUGUGAACCAGAUCUACACUCAGCUGCCAGUGUCUGCAGCCAACGUCACCCUCUUCAGACCCUCAACCUUCUUCAUCAUUGCUCAGACCACCCUGGGCCUGCAGCUGGACAUCCAGCUGGUGCCCACCAUGCAGGUGUUUGUACGGCUGGCACCUGAGCUCCGGGGACUGACCUGCGGUCUCUGCGGGAAUUUCAACAGUAUCCAGGCUGAUGACUUCCGGACCAUCAGUGGUGUGGUGGAGGGCACGGCUGCUGCCUUCUUCAACACCUUCAAGACGCAGGCUUCUUGUCCCAAUGUCAAAAACAUCUUUGAGGACCCCUGCUCACUCAGCGUGGAGAAUGAGAAGUAUGCCCAGCACUGGUGCUCACAGCUGACCAAUGCCAACGGCUCCUUUGCCCAGUGCCAUGCCACGGUGAACCCUGGCACCUACUAUUCGAACUGCAUGUUUGACACGUGCAACUGUGAGAAGAGUGAGGACUGCAUGUGUGCGGCCCUGUCCUCCUAUGUGCGAGCCUGUGCCGCCAAGGGUGUGCUGCUCCGAGGCUGGAGGGAUGGAGUCUGCACGAAACCCACAACCACCUGCCCCAAGUCGAUGACUUACCACUACCACAUCAGCACCUGCCAGCCCACCUGCCGCUCCCUGAGUGAGGAGGAUGUCACCUGCCAAGUCAACUUUGUCCCCGUGGAUGGCUGCACCUGUCCUGAGGGCACCUUCUUGGAUGACUCGGGCAAGUGUGUGCAGGCCACCAGCUGUCCUUGCUACCACAGGGGCUCCACAGUCCCCAACGGCGAAUCAGUGCAUGACAGUGGGGCCAUCUGCACCUGCACACAGGGGACACUGACCUGCAUCGGAGGCCAUGCGCCCACCCCAGUGUGUGACACACCCAUGGUCUACUUUGACUGCCGAAAUGCCACAUCUGGGGCCACUGGGGCUGGCUGUCAGAAGAGCUGUCAUACCUUGGAUAUGGCCUGCUACAGCACCCAGUGCGUGUCUGGCUGCGUUUGCCCCGAAGGGCUUGUGGCAGAUGGCGAUGGGAGCUGCGUUGCUGCAGAGGAUUGUCCCUGUGUGCACAAUGAGGCCACCUAUGGACGAGGGGAAACCAUCCGGGUGGGCUGCAACAACUGCACAUGUGAGAACAGAACAUGGCGGUGCACGGAUGAGCCCUGCCUAGCAACCUGUGCCGUGUACGGGGACGGUCACUUCCUCACCUUCGACGGGCGGCGCUACAGCUUCAGUGGGGACUGCGAAUACACACUGGUGCAGGACCACUGCGGUGGGAACAACAGUGCCCAGGACUCCUUCCGUGUCAUCAUCGAGAAUGUCCCCUGUGGUACCACAGGCACAACCUGCUCCAAGUCCAUCAAGAUCUUCUUGGGGAGCUAUGAGCUGAAACUGAGUGACGGGAAGGUGGAGGUGGUCCAGAAGGGCACGGGGCAGGAGCCACCCUACUCCAUCCACCAAAUGGGCGUCUACCUGGUGGUGGAAACUGACGUCGGCCUGGUGCUUCUGUGGGACAGAAGGACCAGCAUCUUCCUCAGACUUGGCCCUGAGUUCAAGGGCAGGGUCUGCGGCCUGUGUGGGAACUUUGACGACAACACUAUCAACGACUUCACCACGCGGAGCCAGUCUGUGGUGGGCAACGCACUGGAGUUUGGAAACAGCUGGAAGUUCUCCCCGUCCUGCCCGGACGCCCUGGUGCCCGUGGAUUCCUGCACCGCCAACCCUUACCGCAAGUCCUGGGCCCAGAAACAGUGCAGCAUCAUCAACAGUGCAACCUUCGAUGCCUGCCACGCCCAUGUGGAGCCAGCCAAGUACUACGAGGCUUGUGUGAGUGAUGCCUGUGCCUGUGACUCAGGAGGUGACUGCGAGUGUUUCUGCACUGCUGUGGCCGCCUAUGCACAGGCCUGCCACGAUGUGGGCGUGUGCGUGUCCUGGAGGACGCCUGACAUCUGCCCUCUGUUCUGUGACUACUACAAUGCUGACAGCCAGUGCACAUGGCACUACAAGCCGUGCGGGUCCCCCUGUAUGCGCACCUGCCAGAACCCCAGUGGGCACUGCCUGCGAGACCUUGGUGGCUUGGAAGGCUGCUAUCCCAAGUGUCCUCUGGGGACCCCAAUCUUUGAUGAGAAUACGAUGCAGUGUGUGGCCACUUGCCCAAUCCCAACUCCACCGCCUCCAACUUGCCGUGUCCAUGGGAAGUUGUACCGACCCGGCGCGAGGGUGCCCACAGACAAGAACUGUUACUCCUGUGUUUGCACCGAGAGCGGCGUGCGCUGUGCCUAUGACUCUGAGGCCUGUGCCUGUACCUACAAUGGGCAAAGCUUCCAUCCGGGGGAUGCGAUCUACAACACAACAGACGGCAUCGGCGGCUGCCUCUUUGCCUACUGUGGAGCUAAUGGCACCAUCGAGAGGAAAACCUCCACCUGCAGCCUCACCACCCCCGUACCUCCAACCACCUUCUCCUUCUCCACAUCCCCACUUGUUGUGAGCUCGAGGCAACCCUCCAGCACACACCCCAGCCCCACCCAGAGCACAGCACACACGGAACCCUCAAGCAGCGCCACGUCCACAGCUACCACCACACCCCCCAGGACAUCUGCCACAACCUCCAUCCUGCCUACCUUGGGCUGUGAGGAGGAUUGCCUGUGGUCCCCAUGGCUGGAUGUCAGCCGUCCUGGAUCAGGUGUCCAUAGCGGUGACUACGAUACACUGGAGAACCUCCGUGCCCAUGGGUACCGAGUUUGCCUAGCACCGAGAGCAGUGGAGUGCCGAGCUGAGGAUGCCCCUGAGGUGCCUCUCCGUACCAUUGGGCAGAACAUAGAGUGCAGCCCGGCCGUGGGGCUGAGCUGCCACAACAAAGACCAGGUGUCGGGACUCUGCAAAAACUACCAGAUUAGAGUUCUGUGCUGCAGUCCUGUGUCGUGUCCCACCUCCAGUGGCUCAGCCCAGACCUCUCAUCCAGCCACUUGGACAGUUGAAACUGACUCAAAAGGACCAUUCACAGUCUCCUCAGCUCCUGUCACUGGUACAGCUAGUACACCUGCCCCAGCUAGCUUGACACCUGCUCCAGGUACUUCAACACACGCCAGAACAACUCCCUCCCCAAUGUCAGCAACAUCCACUGCAUCUGCUUCAGCCCCAGGAACCUCAGUGGUUACAGAUAAGCUGACCUCUUCUGAGUCCAACAAGCCCUGCUUACAGGAGGUAUGCCAAUGGACAAAAUGGAUAGACGGCAGCUACCCUGGGUCUACCAGAAACAGUGGAGAUUUUGACACUUUUCAAAUGAGAGCCAAAGGAUACAAAUUCUGUGAGAAACCCACAAAUGUGGAGUGUAGGGCCCAGUUCUUCCCCAACACACCAUUAGCGGAGCUGGGGCAGGACGUGACCUGCAACCGUGAGGAGGGGCUGAUCUGUUUGAACAAGAACCAGCUGCCACCAAUGUGCUACAAUUAUGAGAUUCGGAUCCAGUGCUGCGAGAUGGUGAACAAUUGCAGAGAGGAAACCGGGACUCCAGAGACACUGACCACCACAUACCCCGCUACACAGGAAACCAGCACCACAACACAGGCUGGCUGGACCACAGGCUCCAUCUCACCUUCCACAAAGCACACCACCAUCCAUUCAGCACCUGUGUACACAAUAAGCAGGGCCACACAUACUACUGAAGCCACAGGCUGCCAGCCACAGUGCAACUGGACCAAGUGGUUUGAUGUGGACUUUCCGGUCCCUGGUCCACAUGGUGGGGACCAGGAAACCUACAGCAACAUCCUCAGGAAGGGAGAGAAGAUUUGUCACCAGCCUGAGGAGAUCACGAGAUUGCAGUGCCGAGCAGAGAACCACCCCGAGGUGAGCGUGGAGAAGCUCGGCCAGGUGGUGCAGUGUGACUCCAAUGUGGGCCUGGUGUGCCACAACCGUGACCAGAACGGGGGCCUCGGGAUGUGCCUCAAUUACGAGGUGCGUGUGCUGUGCUGCCGCACCCCCAAAGGCUGCCCAACCAUCCACCUGUCACUGUGCCCAGCACCCCGACUGAGAGAACCACCACUCAUCCUCCACACCAAUACCCACUGUGCCCAGCCACUCACUGCACCCAGUGCCACGCUCAACCUCCACACGACACACCAGCACCACCAGUGUGCACACAGCCAGCUCAACCUCCAGGCCACCAUCCAGUGCCACCUCUGUGCACACAUCGAGCUCUUCCUCCACACCACACACCAGUGCCACCUCUGUGCACCCAGCCAGCUCAACCUCCAGGCCACCAUCGAGUGCUACCUCUGUGCCCACAUCCAGCAAAUAUCUACAUCCCAAACCAGCACCACCAGUGUGCACACAUCCAGCUCAACCUCCACGCCAACACCCAGUGCCACAUCCGUGCACACAUCCAGCUCUUCCCCCGCACCACACACCAGUGCCACCACUGUGCACCCAGCCAGCUCAACCUCUUGGCCACCACCCAGUGCAACCUCUUUGCCACCAGCCAGCUCAACCUCCACGCCAACCAGUGCCACCUCUGUGCAAAAAACCAGCGCCUCUUCAGCGUCUAUGACUAGCACACACCAAGUGUCUACAACUUGGUCAACUCAGUCCCCAACGGUAACAACAGGCUGCCAGCCACAGUGCAACUGGACCAAGUGGUUUGAUGUGGACUUUCCGGUCCCUGGUCCACAUGUGCGAGCAGAGAACCACCCCGAGGUGAGCGUGGAGAAGCUCGGCCAGGUGGUGCAGUGUGACUCCAAUGUGGGCCUGGUGUGCCACAACCGUGACCAGAACGGGGGCCUCGGGAUGUGCCUCAAUUACGAGUGCCACCUCUGUGCACCCAGCCAGCUCAUCCUCCAGGCCACCAUCCAGCGCCACCUCUGUGCACACAUCCAGCUCUUACUCCGCACCACACACCAGCGCCACCACUGUGCACCCAGCCAGCUCAACCUCCACGGCCACCACCAGUGCCACCUGUUUGCCACCAGCCAGCUCAACCUCCACGCCAACACCCAGUGCCACAUCUGUGCACACAUCCAGUUCAUCUUCUGCACCACACACCAGUGCCACCACUGUGCACCCAGCCAGCUCAAUAUCUACAUCCCAAACCAGCACCACCAGUGUGCACACAUCCAGCUCAACCUCCACGCCAACACCCAGUGCCACAUCCGUGCACACAUCCAGCUCUUCCCCCGCACCACACACCAGUGCCACCACUGUGCACCCAGCCAGCUCAUCCUCCAGGCCACCAUCCAGCGCCACCUCCGUGCACACAUCCAGCUCUUCCUCAGCACCACACACCACCAGCUCAACCUCUUGGCCACCAUCCAGUGCCACCUCUUUGCCACCAGCCAGCUCAACCUCCAUGCCAACAACCAGUGUUUCCUCUGUGCACACAUCCAGUUCAUCUUCUGCACCACACACCAGCACCACCUCUGUGCACCCAGCAAGCUCAACCUCCACGCCAACACCCAGUGCCACAUCUGUGCACACAUCCAGUUCAUCUUCUGCACCACACACCAGUGCCACCUCUGUGCACCCAGCCAGCUCAAUAUCUACAUCCCAAACCAGCACCACCAGUGUGCACACAUCCAGCACAACCUCCAGGCCACCAACCAGUGUCACCUCUGUGCACACAUCCAGCUCUUCCUCCGCACCACACACCAGUGCCACCACUGUGCACCCAGCCAGCUCAACCUCUUGGCCACCACCCAGUGCAACCUCUUUGCCACCAGCCAGCUCAACCUCCACGCCAACCAGUGCCACCUCUGUGCAAAAAACCAGCGCCUCUUCAGCUCCCCAACGGUAACAACAGGCUGCCAGCCACAGUGCAACUGGACCAAGUGGUUUGAUGUGGACUUUCCGGUCCCUGGUCCACAUGGUGGGGACCAGGAAACCUACAGCAACAUCCUCAAGAAGGGAGAGAAGAUUUGUCACCAGCCUGAGGAGAUCACGAGAUUGCAGUGCCGAGCAGAGAACCACCCCGAGGUGAGCGUGGAGAAGCUCGGCCAGGUGGUGCAGUGUGACUCCAAUGUGGGCCUGGUGUGCCACAACCGUGACCAGAACGGGGGCCUCGGGAUGUGCCUCAAUUACGAGGUGCGUGUGCUGUGCUGCCGCACCCCCAAAGGCUGCCCAACCAUCCCACCUGUCACUGUGCCCAGCACCCCGACUGAGAGAACCACCAGUGUGGCUUGGAGCACAUCUCACAUGCAGACAACCAGCUCAUCUCCCACACCCCAAACCACCAGCUCAACCUCUUGGCCACCACCCAGUGCCACCUCUUUGCCACCAGCCAGCUCAACCUCCACGCCAACAACCAGUGCCACGUCUGUGCACACAUCCAGCUCAUCCUCCACACCACACACCAGCACCACCAGUGUGCACACAUCCAGCUCAACCUCCAAACCAACACCCAGUGCCUCCUCUGUGCACACAUCCAGCUCUUCCUCCGCACCACACACCACCAGCUCAACCUCCACGCCAACACCCAGUUCCACAUCUGUGCACACAUCCAGUUCAUCUUCUGCACCACACACCAGUGCCACCUCUGUGCACCCAGCCAGCUCAAUAUCUAUAUCCCAAACCAGCACCACCACCAGCUCAACCUCCACGCCAACCAGUGCCACCUCUGUGCAAAAAACCAGCGCCUCUUCAGUGUCUAUGACUAGCACACACCAAGUGUCUACAACUUGGUCAACUCAGUCCCCAACAGUGACAACAGGCUGCCAGCCACAGUGCAACUGGACCAAGUGGUUUGAUGUGGACUUUCCGGUCCCUGGUCCACAUGGGGACCAGGAAACCUACAGCAACAUCCUCAAGAAGGGAGAGAAUUGUCACCAGCCUGAGGAGAUCACGAGAUUGCAGUGCCGAGCAGAGAACCACCCCGAGGUGAGCGUGGAGAAGCUCGGCCAGGUGGUGCAGUGUGACUCCAAUGUGGGCCUGGUGUGCCACAACCGUGACCAGAACGGGGGCCUCGGGAUGUGCCUCAAUUACGAGGUGCGUGUGCUGUGCUGCCGCACCCCCAAAGGCUGCCCAACCAUCCCACCUGUCACUGUGCCCAGCACCCCGACUGAGAGAACCACCAGUCUCAUCCUCCACACCAAUACCCAGUGGCACCACUGUGCACCCAGCCAGCUCAACCUCCACGCCAACACCCAGUGCCACGUCUGUGCACACAUCCAGCUCAUCCUCCACACCACACACCAGCACCACCAGUGUGCACACAGCCAGCUCAACCUCCAGGCCACCAUCCAGUGCCACCUCUGUGCACACAUCCAGCUCAUCCUCCACACCACACACCAGCACCACCACCAGCUCAACCUCUUGGCCACCAUCCAGUGCCACCUCUUUGCCACCAGCCAGCUCAACCUCCACGCCAACAACCAGUGUUUCCUCUGUGCACACAUCCAGUUCAUCUUCUGCACCACACACCAGCACCACCUCUGUGCACCCAGCAAGCUCAACCUCCACGCCAACACCCAGUGCCACAUCUGUGCACACAUCCAGUUCAUCUUCUGCACCACACACCAGUGCCACCUCUGUGCACCCAGCCAGCUCAACCUCUUGGCCACCACCCAGUGCAACCUCUUUGCCACCAGCCAGCUCAACCUCCACGCCAACCAGUGCCACCUCUGUGCAAAAAACCAGCGCCUCUUCAAACGGGGCCUCGGGAUGUGCCUCAAUUACGAGGUGCGUGUGCUGUGCUGCCGCACCCCCAAAGGCUGCCCAACCAUCCCACCUGUCACUGUGCCCAGCACCCCGACUGAGAGAACCACCAGUGUGGCUUGGAGCACAUCUCACAUGCAGACAACCAGCUCAUCUCCCACACCCCAAACCAGUGCCACCUCUGUGCACCCAGCCAGCUCAUCCUCCAGGCCACCAUCCAGCGCCACCUCCGUGCACACAUCCAGCUCUUACUCCGCACCACACACCAGCGCCACCACUGUGCACCCAGCCAGCUCAACCUCCACGCCAACACCCACUGCCACAUCUGUGCACUCAUCCAGUUCAUCUUCUGCACCACACACCAGCGCCACCUCUGUGCACACAUCCAGCUCUUCCUCUGCACCACACACCAGUGCCACCACUGUGCACCCAGCCAGCUCAACCUCUUGGCCACCACCCAGUGCCACCUCUUUGCCACCAGCCAGCUCAACCUCCACGCCAACAACCAGUGCCACGUCUGUGCACACAUCCAGCUCAUCCUCCACACCACACACCAGCACCACCAGUGUGCACACAUCCAGCACAACCUCCAAACCAACACCCAGUGCCUCCUCUGUGCACACAUCCAGCUCUUCCUCCGCACCACACACCAGUGUCACCUCUGUGCACACAUCCAGCUCUUCCUCCGCACCACACACCAGUGCCACCACUGUGCACCCAGCCAGCUCAACCUCUUGGCCACCACCCAGUGCAACCUCUUUGCCACCAGCCAGCUCAACCUCCACGCCAACCACGUCUAUGACUAGCACACACCAAGUGUCUACAACUUGGUCAACUCAGUCCCCAACGGUAACAACAGGCUGCCAGCCACAGUGCAACUGGACCAAGUGGUUUGAUGUGGACUUUCCGGUCCCUGGUCCACAUGGUGGGGACCAGGAAACCUACAGCAACAUCCUCAAGAAGGGAGAGAAGAUUUGUCACCAGCCUGAGGAGAUCACGAGAUUGCAGUGCCGAGCAGAGAACCACCCCGAGGUGAGCGUGGAGAAGCUCGGCCAGGUGGUGCAGUGUGACUCCAAUGUGGGCCUGGUGUGCCACAACCGUGACCAGAACGGGGGCCUCGGGAUGUGCCUCAAUUACGAGGUGCGUGUGCUGUGCUGCCGCACCCCCAAAGGCUGCCCAACCAUCCCACCUGUCACUGUGCCCAGCACCCCGACUGAGAGAACCACCAGUGUGGCUUGGAGCACAUCUCACAUGCAGACAACCAGCUCAUCUCCCACACCCCAAACCAGUGCCACCUCUGUGCACCCAGCCAGCUCAUCCUCCAGGCCACCAUCCAGCGCCACCUCCGUGCACACAUCCAGCUCUUCCUCAGCACCACACACCAGCGCCACCUCUUUGCCACCAGCCAGCUCAACCUCUAGGCCACCAUACAGUGCUACCUCUGUGUCCACAUUCAGCUCAUCCUCCACACCAAUACCCAGUGGCACCACUGUGCACCCAGCCAGCUCAACCUCCACGCCAACACCCAGUGCCACGUCUGUGCACACAUCCAGCUCAUCCUCCACACCACACACCAGCACCACCAGUGUGCACACAGCCAGCUCAACCUCCAGGCCACCAUCCAGUGCCACCUCUGUGCACACAUCCAGCUCAUCCUCCACACCACACACCAGCACCACCAGUGUGCACACAUCCAGCUCAACCUCUAGGUCACCAUCCAGUGCUACCUCUGUGCACACAUCCAGCUCUUCCUCCACACCACACACCAGUGCCACCUCUGUGCACCCAGCCAGCUCAACCUCUUGGCCACCAUCCAGUGCCACCUCUUUGCCACCAGCCAGCUCAACCUCCACGCCAACAACCAGUGUUUCCUCUGUGCACACAUCCAGUUCAUCUUCUGCACCACACACCAGCACCACCUCUGUGCACCCAGCAAGCUCAACCUCCACGCCAACACCCAGUGCCACAUCUGUGCACACAUCCAGUUCAUCUUCUGCACCACACACCAGCACCACCUCUGUGCACCCAGCCAGCUCAACCUCCAGGCCACCAUCCAGCGCCACCUCUGUGCACACAUCCAGCUCAUCCUCCACACCAAUACCCAGUGCCACCUCUGUGCACACAUCCAGCUCUUCCUCCACACCACACACCAGUGCCACCUCUGUGCACCCAGCCAGCUCAACCUCCAGGCCACCAUCGAGUGCUACCUCUGUGCCCACAUCCAGCACAAUAUCUACAUCCCAAACCAGCACCACCAGUGUGCACACAUCCAGCUCAACCUCCACGCCAACACCCAGUGCCACAUCUGUGCACACAUCCAGUUCAUCUUCUGCACCACACACCAGUGCCACCUCUGUGCACCCAGCCAGCUCAAUAUCUACAUCCCAAACCAGCACCACCAGUGUGCACACAUCCAGCACAACCUCCAGGCCACCAACCAGUGUCACCUCUGUGCACACAUCCAGCUCUUCCUCCGCACCACACACCAGUGCCACCACUGUGCACCCAGCCAGCUCAACCUUGGCACCACCCAGUGCAACCUCUUUGCCACCAGCCAGCUCAACCUCCACGCCAACCAGUGCCACCUCUGUGCAAAAAACCAGCGCCUCUUCAGCGUCUAUGACUAGCACACACCAAGUGUCUACAACUUGGUCAACUCAGUCCCCAACGGUAACAACAGGCUGCCAGCCACAGUGCAACUGGACCAAGUGGUUUGAUGUGGACUUUCCGGUCCCUGGUCCACAUGGUGGGGACCAGGAAACUGUGCUGUGCUGCCGCACCCCCAAAGGCUGUGCAACCAUCCCACCUGUCACUUGUGCCCCAGACCCCCGACUGAGAGAACACACCAGCUCAUCCUCCAGGCCACCAUCCAGCGCCACCUCCGUGCACACAUCCAGCUUUACUCCGCACCACACACAGCGCCACCACUGUGCACCCAGCCAGCUCAACCUCUUGGCCACCAUCCAGUGCCACCUCUUUGCCACCAACCAGCUCAACCUCCACGCCAACAACCACCAGCUCAACCUCCAGGCCACCAUCCAGCGCCACCUCCAUGCACAGAGCCAUGUCAUCCUCCAAGCCACCAACGAGUGCUACCUCUAUGCAAACAGCCAGCUCAUCGCCCAUUCCCUGGUCCACAUGGUGGGGACCAUGAAACCUACCACAACUCCUCAGGAAGGAGAGAGAAUUUGUCGUCAGUCUGAGAUCACGAGAUUGCAGUGCCGGCGGAGAACACCCCGACAUAAGUGUGAGAAGCUGGGCCAAGUGGUGCAGUGCAACCCAGAUGUGGGCCUGGUGUGCCAAAACCGUGACCAGCAGGGGGGCCUUGGGAUGUGCCUCAAUUACCAGGUGCGUGUGCUGUGCUGCCGCACCCCUGAAGUCUGCCCGCUGACCUCGGUGACACCCCACCUGACGUCACCCACCAAGACUUCGUUUCCAGCCCCAUCCACCUCAGCCACAUCUUCCCCGUGGUCACAAAGCCCUAUGGCACUCGCCACCACAACCUGUUUCUGCCGCGUGUCCGGCAAGCUCUACCCUGCAGGGUCCAUCAUAUACAACCAGACAGACCUUGCAAGCUACUGUUACUACGCCCUGUGCAACGAGCACUGUGAGGUGGUCAGAGGUCUGACCAAGAGUGUCCCUCCCCACAUCAACCCCCAUGCUGACUUCAUCCUAUCCACGUCCACUUCUGAGUCUGUCACUGUGCAAGGAUGCCCAAACGUAGUACCUCCAAGGAAGACAGGGGAGACCUGGGCCAUGCACUGCUCCCAGGCCACCUGUAAGGGCACAAUCGUCACCCUGACCCCGCGCCAGUGCCCAGAGUUGAAAGCGCCAACCUGCGCCAACGGCUAUCCGGUGAAGGUGUACGACAAGGAAGGCUGCUGCCAGCACUACCAGUGCCAGUGUGUGUGCAGCGGCUGGGGUGACCCCCACUACAUCACCUUCGAUGGCACCUACUACACCUUCCUGGACAACUGCACCUACGUACUGGUGCAGCAGAUCGUGCCCGUGUAUGGCCACUUCCGCGUGCUCGUUGACAACUACUUCUGUGACAUGGGCACAGCUUCAUGUGCGCGGGGCUGGGACGGGGAGAUAAUAUUCAACGACAAGGUGGUCAGCCCUGGCUUCCAGAAAAACGGCAUAGCUGUCUCCCAAAUCGGCAUUCAAGAUGUACGUGACCAUCCAAGAGAUCGGUGUCCAGGCAUGUUCACUGGCCUCAUCUUCUCUGUGGAGGUUCCCUUCAGCACUUUCACUAACAACACUGAGGGCCAGUGCGGUACCUGCACCAAUGAUCAAAAGUAUGAGUGCCGCCUGCCUGCGGGUGAGGUGACUACCUCCUGCUCCAAGAUGGCUAGCCACUGGAAGGUUGCACACCCCCGACCAGCCGUUUGCUACGGGCCUACUCCGACACCUGCCUCAGCCUCAGUUGCACCCACGACACCUGCCUCGUGCCCACCAUCACCAACCUGUCAGCUGAUUCUGAGCAAGGUCUUCACGCGCUGCCAUGCUGUGAUCUCCCCAAAGCCGUUCUAUGAGGGCUGUAUCUUUGAUCACUGCCAUGUGACUGACCCGGAGGUGGAGUGCUCCAGCCUGGAGCUGUACGCCUCGCUCUGCGCGUCCUUCGGUGUGUGCAUCGACUGGAGACGCUGGACCAACAACACAUGCUUGUUCACCUGCCCUGCUGAUAAGGUGUAUCAGCCCUGUGGUCCAUCCAGUGCUCACUUCUGCUACGGGAAUGACAACAUUAGCCUCUUGGCCCUUCCGGAGGCUGGCAACAUCACGGAAGGCUGCUUCUGUCCAGACAGCAUGACACUUUUUAGCAAUGAGGCCCAAGUCUGUGUGCCUGCACACUGCAGCAUGUGCCUGGGACCCUAUGGGAAGCCAGUGGAGCCGGGCCACACAGUCAGUGAUGACUGCUACGAGUGCACCUGUGAGAAGGCCACACUGACCCUGUCCUGCCACAGGAAGUCCUGCCCACUGCCCCCUGCCUGCCCGCUGCUCGGCUUUGUGCCUGUGCCUAUAGCCCUGGAGGCUGGACAGUGCUGUCCCCAGUUCAAUUGUACCUGCAACUCCAGCUACUGUCCGGAACCCCUGGAGUGUCCCGAGGGCUACCGCCGGGUCGUGUCCCACGAGGAGGGGGCCUGCUGCCCAAGCCAAAACUGCAGCGUGAAGUCCUGCGUUGUCAACGGGACUGUUUACCAGCCUGGUGACGUGAUUUCCUCCAGCCCGUGUGAGACAUGCAGGUGUGAGGAGAUCAGAAACCCCCAGGGGGAUGCCUUUGUGGUCAGCUGUGAGGCCCAGAUCUGCAACACCCACUGCCCUGUGGGAUUUGAGUACCAGGCCCAGAGAGGGCAGUGCUGUGGACAGUGCGUGCAGGUGGCCUGUGUCAUGAACACCAGCAGCAGCUCCGUCCACCUCUACUAUCCUAAUGAGUCCUGGGCAGACCCUGAGAACCACUGUGUUUCCCACAAAUGUGAGAAGCUUCAAGGUGGGCUUGUGGUGGUGACUGUGAAGAUGGAGUGCCCACCACUCAGCUGUACUAAGGACAAGGCCUAUCUGAGUACGGAUGGCUGUUGCUACUUCUGUCCUCCGCCUGCACCCCAGACCAAUGGGUUGAUCUGCGCCAUGCAUCACAGGGACCAGAUCAUCCAGCAGCAUGGCUGCAGCUCUGCUGGGCCUGUACGCUUGUCCUACUGCCAGGGCGACUGUGGAGCAUCUACAUCUAUGUAUUCCCUGGAAGCUAACAUGGUUGAGCACACGUGCCAGUGCUGCCAGGAGGUGCAGACCUCGCAGAGGCAGGUGACCCUGCACUGCGCUGAUGGCUCCCGCCGGGCCUUCAGCUACACUCAGGUGGAGGAGUGCGGCUGCCGAGGCCAGCAGUGCCACGCGUCAGAUGACAUCAGCCCCUCAGCAUCAUCAGAGUCCAAGUCCAUGUUCAAAGAGAACAAGGAGCAGAGGCAGGAGAAUGACAGGGUGGUAAAGGAGCCAGGCAGCAGCCAAGCACCGGCCCUGGCCAGGGCAGUGUGGGGAGCGAAGAUCCAGGCCCAGCCAGGACCCCGUCAGGCCCCUGUGCGCGAGCCCGAGGCCUCUACCACAGGCCAGCUCCACACAGAUACGCCCUGUGUCAAAGAAACUGUAGACAAAGGUGCAAGGCGGGUCUCGGCCUGGCUACCAGCCCAGAAGCUGCAGGGGGCGGGGGGCGUCCUACGUCUGGUGGCUCUGAGCCACAAAUCCUUCCUCAUCCAGGCCUCUUUCCUGCUGCAGCCCCUCCCCAAGAGCAAACACACGUGCCUGCCCGGGGAGUGGACAGUGCCCUGCGUGACCUAG